AUGCCCCGAGCGCGGGCGGGCACGCGCGGGAGCGCUCUCGGGGCGCGACCACGAGCCCCGCGCGCAAGCGGGCACGCGCGACAGCGCCCCCGGGGCACGCCGGAGAGCGCGGCGAACCAUCGUCUCUUCGUCGGGAGCCGCCGCCUCUUCGUCGGGGGCCGUAGACCACCUCUUUGGAAUCAGGUCGUCAAGAGUCAAGAAAAGAUGGAGCGCAAGCACUCGGCGGCGCACGCGGCGGAGGCGCGGCCAGGCCCCCUGAGCCCGAGGCGGCGCUCGGCCGCCCGUCUGGGUCAUCUUCAGCGGCCCGCUCGGCGCGAUCCAGGCCACGCGCUGCGGCGGCAACCGCAGCCCCCACCUCGCCUUCUACGCUGCCUCCUCCACCACAUCGAGCGCGGCGGCCGCGCGGGCGGGCCGCGAGCCGCGGCGGCACCGCAGGCGACGGCCGUCAGCGGCAGCCGCCGCUGCGGCGGCGGCGCGGCGGCACCCGCCAGCGACAGCAGCGGCGGCGGCAGCGCCAUGACGGGCGUCGGCUGCACGCCCGAACGAGGGCCAGGCACCUGCUGCCGAGAGCACGUGGGGAAGAGCUCCACGGCAGCACAGGCCGCGCGAGCGGCUGCCGACCACGCAGCCCCCCCGACCAGCACGCGCGGCGCGACGUCGUCGAAAUUCGCCGCAGCGAUCAAAUUGGUAUCCAGUCGCGCUGUCGACGACGGUGAUGCAGCGCUGGGGAAUCACCCUCCUUUUACUUGA